GCCGUGUACACAUGGACACACGUGUGUAAAAACCAAAAGAAACAACGUUAACGUAUAUUUCCAGCCGACGCUUAGCUGGAGGAAGCACCACCCCUCCCUCCCUCCUUUCCUCCUUCCUUCUGGCGGUUUCCACCUGUUCACACUCUCUCCGCCGUGCUGAGGAAGAACCUCACCGCACGCCAUUGUACUUUUGACUUUUCUCCAAGGGAGGGAGCUGCCGAGAUGCACAGCACUUCCGUCCUGGUUCUCUUCAUAUUUUUUCUUUCUUUUGCACACCGGCCGGCAUCAUCGGCCGCCGCAGGCUCUGCUUCCAACCGGCGCGUUCUCCACCAGCCCCUUUUCCCUGUGGAUUCCCCUCCCGCCCCUUCGCCUCCUUCAUCUUCCACUCCCGAGUUCCCUUUCACUUCUCCUGCCCCUCAGAGCGCUCCUUUCUUCCCGCCUUCUCCGCCUGCUUUCGCUUCCUCCCCCGUGAACUCAACUUUACCGAGCAUUCCUCUCUCUCCAAAAUCAAAUUCACCGUCGUUAAAGCUAAUCGCCACCAUCGCCGCUUGCGUCGCUGCCGUCGCAGCCGCUAUUGCCCUCUCUGUCGCCGGCUUCCUCCAUUUCCGGAAGAGGAGACGCCCUUACUCUCCAAGUGACUAUAAAACACGUAGAUCCGGUUUUAGUAAUCGAUUGAAUAGUGGUAAUAAUGCAGGUUCUGGUCAAGGGGCUAACUCUCCCGCCAUUCUCGACAGGCCAACACUACCCAGUACGGAGUUUCUAUACUUGGGCACUGUUGUCAACUCGAAUGGAGGAAUCGAAUCCCAGGCCCUUCAAAAUCAUCCGAUAAACAUUGCAGGUGGCGCUGGAACUCCGAGAAUGGUGGAUUCGCCGGAGCUCAUGCCGUUGACGCGGCUUCACGGACAGGGAUCCAGGCAGAACUAUUCGAUCGCAGGGCGGACUUCAGUCGCAGAUGGAGGAGGGAGUGAUAAGUUUUACAACCCGACGGUAGGAUCGUCGAUGACAAUUGGAUCUGCUUCCAGGAGUGCUUUGACUCCUAUUGAGCCCGAAAAUGGCGGUGGUGGGUCCACGUCAUCUUCAUCAUCAGAUUCUUCAUCUAGUUUGGGUUCGGGUUCAGGCUCGGCCAGGAGGUCUGUCUCUCUGAGCAUUUCUCCGCCACCCAGCUUAAGCCCUAAAGACUCUAUUCCCAAGUCGCCUGAAUUGGUUGCUGUACAAAUCACUCCUCCAGUUCCAGCACCAUCUUUUCCGUCGCACUUUCAGACGCAAUUGGCGGAUGCAAGGAAUUCUCAGUCAUCAUCGCCGGCCAGUUCUUCCUCGUCCGGAAGAGAUGCCUCUCCUAGAAUAUCUGGAAUUUGGGAUAAAAAGCUACCAUCUCCUGCUAAAAUAAGCAGUCCCAGUUUGGAUUCUCCAGUGAGAUUGGGCAACAGUAGUGUGGAAUCUCCGGCAAGUUUCAAGACCCCUUCUGCUUCACCACCUGCUGCUCCACAUGCGCCGGCACCACCCCCAUCUGUGCCAGCACCACCUCCACGGGUGAAGCGAAUAGAAAAUCUAAUUGCUCCAGUCCCUCAAUCCCAAAGGAUGAUCUCUGAAUUGACUCCAUUAAUGCCAACAACAACUAAGAGUGGAGAAGUGUUCUCCAGUAAAAAUGUUCAAAAAAAUGAGGUGACUACAAAACCAAAACUGAAGCCACUUCAUUGGGAUAAAGUGAGAGCAAGCUCUGACCAUGAAACAGUGUGGGAUCAUCUGCAAUCAAGCUCAUUCAAGGUGAAUGAGGAGAUGAUUGAGUCAUUGUUUGUUGUUAAUGCUCCAAAUUCAAAGGCAAAUGGAAAAGCCCAACACUCUGUUAUUCCCUCUUCGAGCCAAGAGCAUAGGGUUCUUGAUCCAAAGAGGGCGCAGAACAUUGCAAUCUCACUGAGGGCCCUAAAUGUCACCAUUGAGGAAGUAUGUGAAGCUCUUUUAGAAGGAAAUGUUGAUACCCUUGGGACUGAGCUUCUUGAGAGUUUGUUAAAGAUGGCCCCAUCUAAGGAGGAAGAGCGCAAGCUUAGAGAGUAUAGAGAAGACGAUGAUUCACCUACCAAGCUCGGACCAGCUGAGAAAUUUCUCAAGGCAGUGCUUGGUGUACCUUUUGCAUUUAAAAGAGUAGAUGCAAUGCUCUACAUUUCAAAUUUUGAGUCUGAGGUUGACUAUCUCAAAAAGUCGUUUAAAACUCUCGAGGCUGCAUGCGAGGAGUUGAGAAGCAGCAGGAUGUUCUUAAAGCUUUUAGAAGCUGUUCUGAAAACUGGGAACCGGAUGAAUGUUGGGACAAAUCGUGGGGAAGCACACGCAUUCAAGCUUGACACUCUCCUCAAGCUAGUCCACGUCAAAAGUGCUGAUGGUAAAACCACACUCUUGCAUUUCGUCGUCCAGGAGAUCAUAAGAAGCGAAGGUGCCAAACUUUCUUCUGCAAACAAGGACGAAACCUCAUCAGCUGUCGACCAUCACGAUGCAAAAUUCCGGAAGCUCGGCCUCCAGGUGAUUUCCAGAAUCUCUUCAGAGCUAACAAACGUCAAGAAAGCCGCUUCCAUAGAUUCAGAAAUCCUGCACGGAGACGUUCUAAAGCUUUCCAAAGGGAUUUUGAAGAUUGCAGAAGUUAUAAGGUUGAACGAAGGUAAUAUGGACAUAAAGUUCUCAGAGUCCAUGAAGAGGUUCACGAAUGUGGCAGAAGAGGAAGUUAUAAGACUCCAGGCACAAGAAAGCGUUGCUUUGUCUCUGGUGAAGGAGAUAACUGAGUACUUCCAUGGGGAUUCAGCUAAAGAAGAAGCUCACCCUUUCAGGAUCUUCAUGGUGGUGAGGGAUUUCCUGGUAACGCUUGAUCGUGUGUGUAAAGAAGUUGGGGUGAUAAAUGAGCAGUCAGUUAUUAUCAGUUCUGCUAAUAAAUUUCCAGUUCCUGUUAAUCCCAUGCUGCAACCAGUUAUUAGUGGGUGCAUUGGGAGAGGGCAGUCCAGUUCUUCUUGUGACAAAUAACAACAGCCUAACCUUUUGAUUACUAUUUAUUCGUAUAUUCUUUUCCCACUUGGGCUUAUAUGAACCAUAUAACCUCAGCUAAAAUGUGCAUUUACUUUUUAGGAAUUUUGUAGUUAAUCUUCUUCAAAGUUGUAUAAUGUAAAAAUUAAAAUAAUUAAAUAUUAUUGUCAUCAUACAUGUAAAAGAGAGCUGAUAUUCUUUGUACCUGUGAAUGUGCUCCUACUUCUAAAACGUUGCUGGAUAAAUCAGUUAUUAAGUUUUAUUUAGAGUCCGU